AUGAAAUAUCGUGAAUGCCGUACUCUACCAAUAUGCUAUCGAUUGCGAGGAGCAAAAGCGAUUCACGGUUUAAAGUGCACCAAACCUCUAUACCUUGCGGGCUUACUUCGCUCUCGACUUGGAGAUACGAACGGCUUUGCUUCCGGGCAAGAUUAUCCAAUGGACCGUCGAGGUAUAAUGUUGAAAGGGCAGGGUGGGAUACUAGGAUAA